AUGGACGACAGACCUGACGACUCACAAAUCAAUCCUGGAGGACAGACCCCAACAAUGUCAACAAUUCCCACGAUUCCCAUUACUUUCGAUGCAUUUCCCGUUCUCCAGACCUUGUUUUUUAUGUCUCCCUUAUCGAACCCUGCUGUGGCGACGGCGCUGAACGUUCUUACUUCUCAGGUAUCCUCCAAAUGA